UGUAUGUGUGUGCAUGCUGUAACAGAAGAGGAAUCCUGCGCAGGAUAAUGGCCUCGCAGGAGUGAACGUCUUUCACGUGUCCUGGAACUGGAUGCAGAAACCAGCAAGAGGGAUAAAAGAUACAGGAGGCAGAGAGUUGGAGGGAACAGUCCAGCUCCUCCGUGGCUGGCAGGUGCAAGGCCGGCCGCCCUCACUCAGCUCCAAACUCACCGGUGUCAUCUGCAUAGAAGAGUGUUGAUAAAUGCUUCAGAGUCAUCCGACUUGGCUGCGCACCUCGUUACGGCGUUUUCGAGGGGAACCCGACAGACUUAGGGUUCUCUGGGAAGCUUGUGGAGUCAGCGCAGGCCUUUCCUCUCUAUGGUGAAGAUGAAUCUGGACCCUGUGCAGGUGAUGAGCGGACAGGUCAAAGAGCUCAACGUGUCCCCUUCAUCCAACGGGGACAGCAGAGGAUCAUGGGAGGAGAAACAGGAGUUUGACAUGCAGGACCACCUGGGCCUCAGCACCAAGCCUAAAUCGGUGGCCGGGAGACGAGCCCGGAAGGUGGAGGGAGGCGUGUUCUUCCCGAAGCCGGAGAACGCGGUGACCAUCGCCGUCUCGUCCCGGGUCUUGUUCCGGACCGACCGGGAGCAGAAGGUGUUCGAGCAGAAAGGAGUGGAGGAAUACCUGAGAUACCAGAUCGAGCACGAGAAUGAGCCCUUCGCUCCGGGUCCGGCUUUCCCCUUCGUCAAGGCUCUGGAGGCGGUCAACGCCCGUCUGAGGGAUCUGUACCCGCAGAGCGAGGAGCUGUUCGACAUCGUGCUGGUGACAUACAAUCAUGCCCACGUGGGGAUCCGGCUCAUCAACACCAUCAACCAUCACAACCUGUUCAUUGAGAGGUUCUGCAUGACCGGAGGAAGCAGCCCCAUUGGCUACCUGAAGGCCUGGCACACCAACCUCUACCUGUCUGCGGACGCCGACAAGGUCAGGGAGGCUCUGGCUGAAGGCAUUGCGGCGGCCACCAUGUUCAUGCCAGAGAAGCUGACGGAGGUGUCGGAGACCCAGCUGAGGGUGGCGUUUGACGGCGACGCCGUCCUCUUCUCCGACGAGUCCGAACGCAUCUUCAAGGCCCACGGGUUGGACAAGUUCUUCGAGCACGAGCGGGAAAACGAGGACACGCUGCUGGAUCAUGGGCCCCUGAAAGGCUUUCUGGAAGCUUUGGGGAAGCUCCAGAAAAAGUUCUACGCUAAGGGCCACCGCCUGGACUGCCCCAUCCGGACCUUCCUGGUGACGGCCCGCAGCGCGGCGAGCUCGGGGAUCCGGGCGCUGAAGACGCUCCGGGCCUGGGGCCUGGAGAUCGACGAGGCGCUGUUCCUGGCGGGGGCGCCGAAGGGCCCCAUGCUGGAGAAGAUCCGGCCCCACAUCUACUUCGACGAUCAGAUGUUCCACGUGGAAGGGGCGGCGGAGAUGGGGACCAUCGCUGCUCACGUCCCUUACGGCAUCGCGCAGAAACACAACGCCAAGCGGAACACCAGCGGGGGGAAGUAGGAGAAGAAAGGACCGCCGAGCGAUGUUUGAGAAAACAUCAAGAUGACAUUUUCACACACUUAACACUCACUUAACACAAUCAUAUUAGGAGUCGGGUCAAACAGGUCUGGAAACCGAAGUCACCUGAACGUUUCCUGUUUGACUUAAUGAGUUAAUGUGUUUUAAUAAACUCUUUCCUUGUCAGACUGCACUCUCCCUCAGUCGAGAAGACAUUUCUCCACAAGUGCAAAGGCAUUGUGGCGGUAUUGCAAAUGACCGUCAUUGGCUGUCUUCACCGACGCCCACUUUGUUGUUCGUGGUCAAUAAAUGUGUUGGAAGAUAAUCAGCACAAAUUACACUGUUGACAGUAAUGGCGACGCGCUGUAGCGUGAAAGUACCUCAGCUAUGAAAAUCAUGUGUUGUACAUAACUGAAGACAGCAAAGCUGUCGGCCCAAAGCAAAUACAAGUUUCAAUCCGUGCCUUAACACUGAAAUUAGACUGUUCUGGUGAGAAUGUUUAGCCAAGAAAGCGCAAGCAUUUCCUUUUUUUUUUAAUGAUUCAAUGCACUUUUGCAAACACGGAUUUCCUGAUAUGACCUGAACCUCUACAGUAGGUCUUUGGAAAAGCACUUUUCCACAUGGCAGUUUAUUCAGAGAGCAAUAUUUCAGCUAUUCUCGCAGGUAUUGCUAUAAAACUUGUACAGACAUCAAUGGCAGCACUGACUUUUCUUAAUGUUUUAACUGAAGAGUGAGAGUUUAUAAGAAUGGUGAGACGUCAGGUUUAUGGCUUUCUUUUUUCUAUCUGUUCUCGGUUUGAUUUGUACAGAGCCUCAGACAUGAUAUCUGAAUUAAAACUUUAAAUUCCGUCCAGAAUCAGUAAUUUGAGGCCACAAAGUAAGAAUUUGUGGCCAUGAAAUAAGAAGCUGAGAUUUGUAGUGACGAUUCCAGGUUUCAUUUCAGAUGUCAUGUCUGGAAGUCUUUCGAUCUGCGAGUCGCUGGAAUAAAAGUGAAAGUACGGAGUCGUGAGACGUGUAAAUGGUUCCUGCACUCAGACUUGAAAAGGCUGAGAGUAUGCGGUACGUACGUCUGAACCAACAGUCCGCCAGACAAUGUGAAGUGUGUUUUAAUGUACAGAAGAAACGGCAUCAGCUUAGCUUCCUGCUGUACACAAAGCUGCAAUAUUCUGAAUGUCUUGAAGCCAUUUGAGAUGUUCUGUCUGCUGAGCUUCAUUCAGUACGAAGAACAAUCCAGAAGGUAUGGGAAUAAAAAUUAGCAGAAUGACCCAGCACUUAUGAGAGCAAAUAUAUUGAUUGUUAGCAUAUGAAUGUUUAGCAUGUGGAUUGAUUUCAUCAUCUUUUCAGUGUCAAGCUGAUAAACU